UCUGAUACAUAACCUCAAAAUUUUUAAAGGGUUAACAGGCGCACGUGUUUUUUGGAAAUUUGUUUCUAUUGUUUUUAUUGGUAAAAAUUGAUAACAAUGGGGAAACAAAAAAGACAACGACGUAAACCACAUAAACAAAAUCCCACUGGUUUAAUUAGUGAAAAAGAUUUCGACGAGGAAUUGGACGAUGUGUCUGAGGAAACUAAAGAAAAAGCAUUGCUUCGAGUUAUGGAACAGUUGAGUUCUGCUGAAAUGGAGGAGAAAAUAUCCGGCCUCCAAACAUUGGAGUCAAUGAGUUAUGAAGAGUCGAUUGCUGUACAAAUUUCCAAAGAUAAUAUUGCAAAAAUUGUCGGACCUUAUUUAGUUGAUGAAAAUAAAAUGGUGCGAUCAGCUACCGCCAGUGCAUUGAGAAUUAUUGCAGAAAACGGCGGAGAAGAAGCUUACACGUGUCUAUUGAAUGACGAUCUUAUGACUCCACUUACGGCCUUAUUAAAAAAUCAUUAUUCGAAUUGGCAUCCAAGUGCAGAUCCAAAAGAAAAGGAAAAAGUCGAACAAGAAAAGCAAACAUUCAUCGAAGCGGUAACAUUACUAUGGACGUUGGCUGAAAAAAAUGAGAGUGUUAUUAAACGUUCAAAUUCAGAGAAUUUACUUUCAAUUUUAAUUAAAUUUCUCGAUACAUCAGCAUAUGGAAUAAGAUUAAGCAUUGUGGCAAUUCAAUGUAUUCUCACAUUAUCCGAGGACAAUCCAACGGCAAUUGUCGAAUUAAAAAAACAAGAAUCCACAUUAAUAAAUUAUCUCGAUUGGAAAGCUGAAAAUGAAAAUAUCAUCAAUACAAUGUCACUGCGAACAUUGGCUGCCGGUUUAUUAAUGAAUAUAAAUAAUUCAUUUAGAACUGAAAUUGAUUCAUUGAAAAUUGCCAGUAAAGUCAUUGUCAAUCUUGCCGAUACAUUAAAUCUCAAUUAUCAAAGUCAAAUGGAUUCAUUGACGAAGGCAUUUUUAAAUGAAAAAAAUUUAACGCGCAAUUCACGUAAAAUGAUUCGCGAAAUGAAUCAAAUUGUAUCAAUUCAACAACAGGCUUUGGAAAUUUUGGCUAAUUUAUGCACAGACGAUAUGGAGAGUGAUGAUGAAUCUGAUUUUGAGGAUUCCGAUGAAUAUGAGGAGGAUAUGGAUAUUGAUCAAAUUGAAGAUAAGACAAUAAAUUCGUAUUCGAAUAUUCCCGUGGAAUUAAUUGAAGUCAUUGCAAGUACUGAUUUAGUGAAAAUAGUUUCGAGUAAAACUGAAAUUAUUGAAGAGAAUGUGAUAAAGGCUUUUGAUUUAAAUCCCGAGGGUAUUUUUAUAAUAAAACGACUUCGUAUAUUGAGAUGUCGCGCUUUUCUUUGUUUAAAUAAUUUAUUCUCGAGUUUGGAUGUCGAUACUCUUGGCGGUGUUGACAAUUUGUACAGAUUGUGGAGUGAAAUUGGAAAAGUAGUUUUCACAGACGCCGAUCCAAAUGAUAUUGAUUUAUUGGAGUCUGCAACAUCGGCAAUGAGAGCAGCUUUGCAAAAAUUGGCCGAAAUAAAGGCGAAUGUCUUUCAAAAAUUAAAUAUUGUCGAUUUACAGCCAAUGUGUAAUGGCGAGAGACAAUGUUCGAAUGCAAAUGUUAGAGCCAAUUUACUAAGAAUUCUUGGAAAUCUCGCUCUAAUUUUAUUGAACGUUCAAAAUCCGCAAUCUCUGGAAUUAAUAAAGCACAUUUCUGUAUUUCUUCUCGAGACGUGUACGAAAGAAAAUGAAGUUUGGGUGAUGGCGGAAUCAUUAGAUGCAAUUAUGGAUAUUUUUGCUGAAGACGAGACAGACUCUUUAGCGAAAGAUAUAAAUUUAGUUGAGAAACUAAAGAAUUUUAUGUCUAUCUUAAAAAAUAAGAUACGACAACAGAAACAGAAACUCGGCGAUAACGCUUCAGUUGUAUCGACAGUGAGGACGAAUUUAAACAGAUUUAUCAAAUAUAAAGGUCAAAGAGUUGCGAAACUUUAAACUGUAAAUAUGUGUAUAUUACAGUAAUUAUAUACUGUAUAUUAUAUUUUUUUUAGUAAUAAUUAUUACAUUUAUAGUUCUUUUUUUAAAUUGAGAAUUAAAAAUCUUGAUAAUCUCGUA